CGCCCCGCGCCGUAACGCAGUCUAGUCGCGGGCCCAGCGAGCGACGCCCGGCCCGCCCGCACCCUGGCCCUGCCCGCCCCGCCCCGCUCCAGCGGACGACGUACGCGCGCGCACCACGGCACCGAGGCGAGGAUGUCCGGGUGUUGAUCCAUCAUGGUCACUAUGAACGCAGACAAAGCGGGUGGGCGACGUCGGAUGGAUGACAGUAGCCAGGCCGGGGCCGGGCAGUCCGCCUCCCAGGGCGGCGGCGGCGGCGGCAGCGGCAGCCUCCGGCCGCCCAGCGUGCGCGUGGCCAUGGGCUUCGGCGUCGGCGUGCCCUCGGUGGCGGAGGCGGCGCUGGCGGCGGCAGAGGCGGCCACCCCCGCCGCCGGACACCGCCCGGCCACCCUGGCGCAGACCAACAAGGAGGACAACCCCAACUCGGCCGUCUACAAGAAGAUGGAGGCCAUCAUCGAGCGGAUGCAGGACGAGAACACGGGCGUGCCCGUCAAGACCGUCAAGAGCUUCAUGGCCAAAAUACCCUCCGUGUUCACCGGUGCCGACCUCAUACAGUGGAUGAUGAAGAACCUCGACAUUGACGAGCUGAAUGAGGCCACGCACCUGGCCUGCCUCAUGUCGUCGCACGGCUACCUCUUCCCCAUCGACGACCACGUGCUCACGGUGCGCAACGACAACACCUUCUACCGCUUCCAGACGCCCUACUUCUGGCCGUCCAACAUGUGGGAGCCGGAGAACACGGACUACGCCGUCUACCUCUGCAAGCGCACCAUGCAGAACAAGACGAGGCUCGAGCUGGCCGACUACGAGGCGGAGAACCUCGCCCGGCUGCAGAAGAUGUUCUCGCGCAAGUGGGAGUUCAUCUUCAUGCAGGCCGAGGCGCAGAGCAAGGUGGACAAGCGCAGAGACAAGCUGGAGCGGAAGGUGCUCGAUAGUCAGGAGCGUGCCUUCUGGGACGUGCACCGACCAGUGCCGGGCUGCGUCAACACCACGGAGAUCAACAUAAAGAAGAUCUGCUCCAACAGCACCAAGCUCAUGACGCUGCCCGCCGCCACGCCCGCGCAGCUCAUCGCGAGGCAGAUCCAGAUGCUCAAGCAGCGGCUAGACCGGCGGAACAUCAAGCUGUCAAAAGUUGCCGAAUCGUAA